AUGGUGUUCCUCUGGGGUCUGUUGCUGCUCUGCCUCUCUGCUCUGCACAGUCACCUAAGGUUUUCUUCGGCACAUGCCAUUGAGCAAAAGCAUCUCUUUUUAGACAAAGAUGGGGAGCUGAAGGACGUGAAAAGUGCUGGAGUUGAACAGUCUGCUCUGCUGGGAACUCUCUCACCCGUGCCGAACGCAGAGCUGACAGACUUUACCUAUGAUAGCUUCCAGGAGAUUGACGGACCCAUGUUACCUUUCACCACCACCCCACCAGGCACAAGGAAUGACCAGAACCCAGAAGAUGAAGUCAUAGCUGAGGCUGUGGACUGUAAUGAACAGCAAUCAUCUGGGGAAAUUACCUCUUCUGAAGAGGAAGGAGAGGCUGAAGAUAAAAGCUGUGAGACGACUUGGAAGAAGACCCAGAGGCUAGCAGAUGGCUUGAUGAGAUUCAGCAUCAAUCUCCUGAGAGAGAUCCAGCUGGAGUCCAACAGAACCAAUGUGAUCCUGUCACCCCUCAGCAUCACCCUCGCCUUGUCUCACCUGGCACUGGGAGCAGCAAAUCAGACAGAGAAGCAUUUGCUGGAAUUGAUGCUUCUGAAGUCGGUGCCCUGUCUCCACCACACGUUGGGUACCCUUCGCAAAAGGCUCACAGAAUCCACCGUCAGCCUUGCGUCGCGUCUGUACCUGCAGAAAGGAUUUGAGGUGAAAGAGAAGUUCCUGGAGGAUUCAGAGAAAUUCUACGGAGUAAAGCCUGCAAUCCUUUCUGGGGUCAGUGAGGAUGACCUUGUAGCCAUAAACAAGUGGGUAAAGGAAGCAACUAAUGGGCAAAUACCCACCUUCCUACAGCAGCUCCCUGAAAACACAGUGAUGCUCUUGCUCAAUGCAAUCCAUUUCCACGGGUUUUGGAGGAAUAAGUUUGAUGCUACCUUCACUGCGCCAGAUGUAUUCCACCUUGACAAUGAGUUUGUGGUCCCAGUUGAGAUGAUGAAAGCCCAGAAGUACUCCCUGAGCUGGUUUACACUGGAGUCCCAGGACAUUCAGGUGGCCAAGUUUCCCUUUAAGAGUAACAUAAGUUUUGUGGUCAUUGUACCAAACCAGUACACUCGGGAUGCCUCCCAUGUGCUGGCGAACUUCCCUUACGAACGACUAUGCAGGCUUUUCCCUAAAGAGGUACCCACCGCAGUGAGGAUCCCCAAAAUAAAACUGGACUACCAGCUGGAACUCAACAAGGUUCUCAGUCGAAUGGGCCUCCAGGAGCUGUUCACAAGCCCAAAUCUCCAGAAGAUCACAGAUGAGCCUCUCUUUGUAUCCAGUAUACAGCAUCAGUCUACCCUGGAGCUUAAAGAAGAUGGGAUGGAAGCAUCUGCUGCUACCAGUGUCGCGAUUUCACGCUCAGUCUCUGCCUUCAGCCUUGACCGUCCCUUUGUCUUCAUUAUCUUUGAAGAGGAAACAGGCAUUCCGCUUUUUAUAGGCAGUGUCCAGAACCCUAACCCCAAUGCUGCUCCCCAGAUAAAAGAGCCACGGGACCCACGCGAAGCAACAGAUGUCAAUGAGUACCCCAUGCCCAAAUAAGAGAAGAGCAGAGCCUAAGUGUUCUGGGACUGCUACCUGACCCUUUGGACCAGCUAAGAGAGGCCUCCUGUCCUUGGAGACCUCCCUCUGAGGCCACAGGAGGUAAUCCCUUGCUGUUUUCCUUUACAGAUCCCUAGAGACCAGUCCUGAGAUAGCCCAUUCCAGCCUUGAUGAGCUUCUCCAGGCUGGGG